AUGGAUAGAGUUACUAAGCCAUCCCAAAUACCCAAGAUCUCGCAGUUUUCUAGUGGCAGAUCGGCCACUGAUCAAGGCCUAACAAAUAUGAUAAAUGAUAGUAUUGCAAGAAAUACUAGCAAAAGUGCUGGGUAUACAAAAAAUACAAAGAAUAGAAUGACUUUAGCAGGCACUGGGCCCGUAACUUCAUCAAGAAGAUCAUCGGCAGGGUCAAAGGUCUUGAGAAAUUCAUUGCCGCCGUUGUCUAACCCGAUCACAGCGUCUACAUAUAAUAAUUCACUACUUCCACGUACUUCAAAUUUUAGAAGCACUAGUAAUAAUAGUGGAAGUAACAAUACUAUGUUUUCAAGCUCAACAUCUGUAAGAGAUCCAAGACCAUUACGUGAUAAAGAGUUCCAGAAUCGUUUAAUAGAUGAAAUUUACGGCUAUUUAAAAGAGAAUAGAUUUGAUAUUGAAACAACUAUGCCAAUUUCUUUAAAUACUGUUAGACAACCAACUCAAAAAGCAUUCGUAACAAUUUUUAAAUGGCUAUAUAAUAAGAUCGAUCCAGGCUAUCGAUUUUCUCCUUCAAUUGAAGAUGAUGUGUACCCUUUAUUAAAAAUACUACGAUACCCUUAUAUAUCAUCAAUUACUAAAUCCCAGAUAUCAGCUGCAGGUGGUACUGGCUGGUCAAAAUUUUUGGGUAUGUUACAUUGGCUAAUUCAGCUCAACAGGUCAUUAGGAAACACAAUGAAUAUUAUUCAUGAGUUAAUAGAUGAAGACAGUAACCUAGAAUCAUCUAUUAUAAACAAAAGUUUAAUCAAUUUAAAUCAAUUGGAAGAAAGGCAAGAUUCUUAUGAAAAUUUACUCGAAAAUAUUUUUACAAAUUAUAUUAUCAAUUCGUAUAAGGAAUUUUUAAAUGGUAAUGAUGAUGAUAAACAAUUCGAUGAACAAUUUGAAAAUGAUAUAAAUAUAUUAUUGACUUGUAUUCAAAACGAUAUUAAAAAUUUAGAAAGAAUUAAUUCAGAAAACUCAAAAAAUUUUAACGUUCUUGAUGAAUUAAACAAUAAAUUACAAAAUGAAACAGAAAAAAAUAUUGCUUUAAAAGAUGAUGUUAAAAGAUUUGAAAAGUAUAUUUAUGGAAUGCAAAACCGUAGAGAAGACAAUCAAUCAAAAUUAACGAAAAUGCAAAAUUCUAAAAAUGAGAAAGAGUCAGAAAUCAAAUUACUAAAUGACGAACUCGCCACGCUGGAGACUCAAUUACAAGAAAAAGGUUUAUCAGCUUCAUAUAUCGAUGAAAAAUUGAAAGAAAUUAAAGUAUUAGAAACAAGUAUAAAUACAAAAUCAGAAGAAAUGGAUAAAUUAGUCACAUCAAUAAAAUCCUUAAAAAUUGAAUCAGAUAAUAUAUACACCGUAUUUAUAGAAACAACUACACAAUAUACAAAUAUGCUGAAUUCUUUUAACCAAUCUCGAAUUAGUAUCGGUGACGAAUUUAAUAUAGAUGAAUUUCAAUUACCAAUAGUAGAAGGGUUUUCUCAACCAGACGGAACCAUUGGAGUUACACCAGAAAACCUGUUUAGAGAAGAGGGAUACUCUGCUACCAUCACAAAAAGUAAACUGAAUGGACUAUUAUCAAUUAUACAAAAUCGAAUUACAGUGAAGGAAAAGGAAAUUGAGAAUCUCAAAAUUAAAGUAGAAAAUUUGGAAAAAAAAAGAGAAGAAAAGCAUAUAUUAAGCAGAGAAUUGGAACUAGAAUUAUCUCAAUUGAAAUCUCAAUAUGAAAUUGAUAAACAAAACUUUGAAACCGAAUUAUUGUCACAACAGAUUGAAAUUGAAAAAAUUGAAACUAAAAUAUUAGAUGCUAAACGUUCUAUGAAUACUCGUAGGAAGGAAGCAGAAUAUAGUCUACAAGAGCUAGAACAACAACAUGAGAACACUAUCCAUGAAUUUGAAGAUCGAAGACAUGAAUUACACCAGCGAGUUAUAGAAGUUAUCGAUUUUGUUUCCAAAUUCAAAAUGUAUGUUCAAAAUUCAGUUGAUAAUUUAGAAAAAAUUACAUUAGAAGAGCUUCAACGAAUCAAAAUUAACCAACCAAAUACACCCACUACUGAAGGAAACAAAUCCCUAAUGGACGAUAACAAUCAGGGCAUCACUGAUGGCACACCGAAUAAUUCGAAUUCGAAUAACUAA